AUGGGCCGCACCGGGGAGAACCUCCUCGUCGCUUGCGUCGUGAUCCACUAUCUGAACAUCAUCGUCAAUCUCCUCUCCUUCUACACAGACGGUGAGCAGGCCCGCUUUUGGACACUCGUGAGCCGCAUCGUGCAGUCCCUCUGCUACGCCUCCACGACGCUCAUCACGUGCGUGUUCAUCCGCUACUACAUGCGCGUGGAUGGGGAGUACCACGUGACGUUUCGAUCCGCCCCAGCAGAACCUGCCGCCGGCAACAGCAGCGGAGCAGCCCCCACCGCCCCCUCCGGAGAUGGACAUGUGUUAGGUUUGGUCCGUGUGUGUGGUGUGUUGCUGCUCUCCUUGUUCAAGGCACCACUAGAAAUUGGAAGAUGCUUCAGGCUUUGUGAUGAAAGGAUCAAUGGGAAGGACCAGCGUGCUGAAAAGAUUUUGCUUUCUCUUGCCCCACCUGCCGAAGCAAAGACAGAGGACACUUGA